AUGCCAGAAACCGAGACUAUAGUCGUAAUAGGAGCCGGUGUAACCGGCCUCUCCACAGCCCUCUACAUUCAACAACACCUCCUCCCUACGCAAUCCAUCCUCCUUGUCGCCAAAGACUUUCCCGAUUCCACCUCUGUCAACUACGCCUCUCCCUGGGCUGGUGCCCACUACCGUCCCGUCCCCGGUUCAUCGCCGCAGUUCAUCCGCGAGGAAAACCAGGCCCGGCGGACAUAUAAUUACUUCAAGAAACUUGCCUCCCAGGACCCAGCAGCGGGUAUUGAGCCAAUCGAGGGAAUCGAGUAUCUCGAAAACCCCCCGGCCGAAUACAAGGACGCAGAGAGUGUCCAAAAUGGGUAUGGCCAUCUAGAUGGAUUUAAGCAGUUGUCGCAGGAUGAGCUGCCCCCGGAUGUGAAAUGGGGUGUGCGCUAUCAGACGUUUGUGAUUAAUUCGCCGGUGUACUGUGCGUAUAUGCUGCGCAAGUUCAUCUUGAAAGGGGGCCAGAAGAGGGAGUACACCCUAGCUGAUCCAAAGGAGGCGUUCCAUUUGGCCGAUAAUGUCAGGACAGUGGUGAAUUGUUCUGGGACGGGAAUGGGGGAUCCUAAAUCAUUCAUUAUCCGAGGCCAAACCUGUCUCAUCCGAAACCCCUGCAAUGUAACCCUCACCAGACAAAACUCCGACGGCACCUGGUCCUUCUGCAUCCCCCGUCCCCUCGACGGAGGAACGAUAAUCGGAGGCACCAAAGAACCCCACAACUGGGAUCCCAACCCGUGUCCAGAAACAAGGGCCCAGCUUCUCGCAAACGCAGCCAAAUGGUUCCCCUUCACGGCGGAGAGUGGUGGUCAGUUUGAUGUCAUCCGGGAUAUUGUUGGUCGUCGGCCUGCGAGAGAGGGUGGGAUGAGAAUUGAGACGGAGAAGGUCGCCGAGGGCCGAUUUGUGGUUCAUGCGUAUGGGGCUGGUGGCAGGGGGUUUGAGCUGUCGAGGGGUGUAGCUGAGGAUGUUGUGUUGUUGAUGUUUGAGGGUGGGUUGUUGAGGCAGAAAGCGUCGCUGUAG